AUGUCAUACAACCAAGGGUGGAUGAAUCAUCCUAACAUCUCUUGGAAAAAUAAUCAAGUUGCACAACAGCCUUUCCCUCAAAGUCAACAACAAUUUCCACCUCCACAACCACAAUCACAUCAACCAACACAUAUGAAACAACUUGAAGUACAACCCGAUGUACUGAACCAGUUCAUGACAGAAACUGGGGCAUCUAUCAGGAGUUUGGAGACUCAAAUGGGGUUGUUGGAUACUUUGAUGACAAACCGUGCUCAAGGGAACUUACCAAGCACUACUCUGGUAAACCCAAAAGAGCAGUGCAAUGCAAUAUCCUUGAGGAGUGGCAAGGAGUUAAAAGAGCCAAAAGUGGUUGAUAAGGAGAAGGAACUGAGUGAGUCUAAUAUUACUGAGAACUUAGAAAAGCAACCAAAAAUAAGCAUAGAUCACCAUAUAAAGAUUCCAUAUCCUCAGAGGCUUAGAAAGACUAAGCUUAAUAAGCAUUUUUCUAAAUUUUUGGAUAUCUUUCGAAAGAUACACAUCAAUAUUCCAUUUACUGAGGCACUUGAACAAAUGCCAAUUGAAACAAAGGCUUUAUGUGAUUUAGGGGCCAGUGUGAAUCUAAUGCAUCUAUCAAUCUUUCGGAUGUUGAAUUUGGGAGAAGCUCGGCCUACUACCAUGUCUUUGCAGAUGGCAGAUACAUCAGUCAAACAUCCUCAUGGAGUGAUUGAGAAUGUAUUGGUGAAAGUGGAUAAAUUCAUAUUUCCUGCGGAUUUUUUUAUUCUAGAUAUGGAGGAUGAUUAA